AUGCAGGCAUCGAUGUUUCCGAUCUCGAGGGGCCCAUCGAGGGCCUCGUACAACAGCAGCGACAUCCAUUCUAGAGUGUCGGCCGCGGCCGGGCGCAUCGCCGAGAGGUGGAGCGGCGGCAAGGCGAAAGAGCAGGCGGACUGCUCGCAGAACGGCGCGUCCAGACGGGCCGCGCAGCAGCUGCGGAGGCUCUGCGCCCGGCUGCGCCCGGGCGGCCAGCUCGAGGCCGGAGGCGAGGGCGCCGGGCCGGAGGCGCCCGGCCUCGAGGAGCUGGCCGCGAGGCGCCGCCAGCGGCUCAGGGAGGGCCUGGUCGACCUGCAGGUGGACGCCAACGGUUUCGUGGCCGCCGCGACGGACGCGCUGCGGCAGUGCGUCAAGGCGCGGCGCUCUUCCAUGUGCGCGCGGGUGCGCCGCGUCGUUCCCGCCGCCGAAGCGGUGGGCGAGAAGAGCCCCGCCCGCGCCGCCGCCGCGGGCCCGGCGGAGGCUCCCGGGGGUCGGUUUGGCGACCUCCACGUGGAGCUCUUCGGGCACGCGGAGGUCGAGCGCCUCAUCGACGGGGUCCUGGCGGCCGCCGCGGGGGAGAUGUUAAAGAAGAACAUCCAGUGCACCCCAGACGGCAAGGAAGUUAUCGAGUCGGAGAUAAAGGUCGAGGCGCUCAAGCCCCAGUACUUCGACAUCAGCUCCGAUCUCGCCUCCGAGGACGAGGUAGACGUGACCGAGGAGGUGGAGUCGCAGCCGGGGGAGAUGUUGAGGAAGAACAUCACGUGCACCCCAGACGGCAAGGACUCGUUCUUCGGGAAGGCCGCGGUGAAGGCCUCAGGCUCGCGACGCGAGCCCCCCGCCCUGUCUCUAAGCCCCUGGGCCUGCAGCAGUCAGCGGCCCGCUGGCGGCCCAGAGUGCCCUGGGAGGGGGAGGAUCAGGCCCUCCGACGUCGCACCUCCCAGGGCCAGCGGCGAGACAGGGCGGGACCUGGCCGAGCUGGACGACCCCUCCUCGGCCGCGGCGGACGUCGCGGAGCACGUCGCCGAGGCUGCUGCUGCUGGGGCUGCUUGCGCGGGGGCGCCGAGUUGCCCUGCUGCGGUCUACGACGACUCGAAAGUGCUGGAGGCUGCUGCUGCUGGGGAGGCGGACGGCUUCAAGAAGCAGAGCUUCGAGGAGCAGGAGGACGGCUUCAAGAAGCAGAGCAUCGAGGAGCAGAAGGGCCUGGACGUGCAGGGCGCUGAGGCGCGCAUCCAGGAGCAGGACGUCGAGGAGAGGUCCGAGGAGCAGCACAGCUUAGAGGAGCAGGGCCUUCGCAAGAUUCCGCCGUUCCCGACGCUCGGCGAGGAGGCGAAGGACGAGGUGAAGCUCGAGGGCGCCGACUGGGGCAUCGGCGACUCGCGCGUGACCAGCUGGGCCGACCAACUGGAGGAGCAGCUGGCUAUGGAAGUCGUGCCUGUGCAGCUGGACGUGGCGAAGGACAUGGGCAAGGUCUUCCAGGCCAACCUCGCGGCGUACGAGAGGAGGGAGGCUGCGUUGGCAGCCAGUGUGGCCGCGGGGCGUCUGCUGGAAGAUGAGCUCCUCGAGGUGCCUGUGGCUGAUGCGGAGCUUGGCACGCCUCAGCUGUCUCACAAGCGUGGCAGGCACGAGGGCUAUGCAAGAGCCCAGGCCCCUGCCCCCCCCCUCGGGAAGUGCUCCAUCGGCGGCGCCGGCAUAGGGGGGCAGGGGCCGAGUCAAUGUGCGGGCAGCUCCGAGCGGGUGCAGGUGACGACCGAGGCGCUCAUGGCGGAGCUGAAUGGCAAGGGUGACUUCGACCUCGACGAGAUGAUGGUCCGCUUUGAGCACGUGUUCCAUCAAGUCGGCGGCUGGUCAUCGGCCCAAAGCAAGCUCCUGGUGCAGAAGUUGUUCUUGGACGACCUGCUAGCGGAGAACGGCGAGGGGUUAAAACUGAGGCGGGUAUUCUUCAGGCACGACGAGCUCGUGCGCGAUGCCGCCUACGCCAUGGUCUUCGUGGCGAUCCAGGGGCGGCACCAGGGCGACCUCAUCUGA